CCCUCCCAGCCAGCCUCGGUCGGCAGCAUGGCGGGCAUCGCGGCGCGGCUGGCCAGGGACCGGGAGGCGGCCGAGGGGCUGGGCUCGCACGAGAGGGCCGUCAAGUACCUGAACCAGGACUACGCGGCGCUGCGGGACGAGUGUCUGGAAGCCGGCGCGCUCUUCCAGGACCCCUCCUUCCCGGCCCUCCCGUCUUCGCUGGGCUUCAAGGAGCUGGGACCCUACUCCAGCAAAACCCGGGGCAUCGAGUGGAAGAGGCCCACGGAGAUCUGCGCUGACCCCCAGUUCAUUAUUGGAGGAGCCACCCGCACAGACAUCUGCCAAGGCGCCCUGGGUGACUGCUGGCUGCUAGCAGCCAUUGCCUCCCUCACCUUGAAUGAAGAAGUCCUAGCUCGAGUUGUACCCCUAGACCAGAGCUUCCAAGAAAACUACGCAGGCAUCUUCCACUUCCAGUUCUGGCAGUAUGGCGAGUGGGUGGAGGUGGUCAUUGACGACAGGCUGCCCACCAAGGACGGGGAGCUGCUCUUCGUUCACUCGGCAGAGGGGAGCGAGUUCUGGAGCGCCCUGCUGGAGAAGGCCUACGCCAAGAUCAACGGGUGUUACGAAGCGCUCUCGGGGGGCUCCACCACCGAGGGCUUUGAGGACUUCACAGGAGGCAUCGCCGAGUGGUAUGAGCUGAGGAAGGCCCCUCCCAACCUGUUUAAGAUCAUCCAGAAGGCUCUGGAGAAGGGCUCUCUUCUCGGCUGCUCCAUCGAUAUCACCAGCGCUGCAGACUCAGAGGCCAUCACGUUCCAGAAGCUGGUAAAGGGCCACGCGUACUCCGUCACCGGAGCCGAGGAGGUUGAAAGCAACGGAAGUCUGCAGAAACUGAUCCGCAUACGAAAUCCCUGGGGGGAAGUGGAGUGGACCGGGAAGUGGAAUGACAACUGCCCAAACUGGAACACUGUAGACCCAGAGGUGAGGGAAAGCCUGACCCAACGGCAUGAAGACGGAGAAUUCUGGAUGUCCCUCGGCGACUUCCUGAGGCACUACUCCCGCCUGGAGAUCUGCAACCUGACGCCCGACACUCUCACCAGCGAUUCCUACAAGAAGUGGAAACUCACCAAGAUGGACGGGAACUGGAGGCGGGGCUCCACCGCGGGAGGCUGCAGGAACUACCCGAAUACUUUCUGGAUGAACCCUCAGUACGUGAUCAAGCUGGAGGAGGAGGACGAGGACCAGGAGGACGGGGAGAGUGGCUGCACCUUCCUGGUGGGCCUGAUCCAGAAGCACCGGCGGCGGCAGAGGAAAAUGGGGGAGGACAUGCACACCAUCGGCUUUGGCAUCUAUGAGGUUCCGGAGGAGUUAACCGGCCAGACCAGCAUCCACCUCAGCAAGAACUUCUUCCUGACACACAGAGCGCGGGAGCGGUCCGACACCUUCAUCAACCUCCGGGAGGUGCUCAACCGCUUCAGGCUGCCUCCGGGGGAGUAUAUCCUGGUGCCCUCCACGUUUGAGCCCCACAAAGACGGGGACUUCUGCAUCCGGGUCUUUUCUGAAAAGAAAGCUGACUACCAAGCCGUCGAUGAUGAAGUUGAAGCCAACCAGGAAGAGUUGGACAUCAGCGAAGACGACAUUGACGAUGGAUUCAGAAAGCUGUUUGCCCAGCUGGCAGGGGAGGACGCGGAGAUUUCUGCCUUUGAGUUGCAGACCAUCCUGAGACGAGUUCUAGCAAAGCGCCAAGACAUCAAGUCAGACGGCUUCAGCAUUGAGACGUGCAAAAUCAUGGUUGACAUGCUAGACUCGGAUGGGAGUGGAAAGCUGGGGCUCAAGGAGUUCUACAUCCUCUGGAUGAAGAUUCAGAACUACCAGAAAAUUUACCGGGAAAUCGACGUUGACAGGUCUGGUACCAUGAAUUCCUAUGAGAUGCGGAAAGCAUUAGAAGAAGCAGGCUUCAAGCUGCCCUGUCAACUCCACCAAGUCAUCGUGGCUCGGUUUGCAGAUGACCAGCUCAUCAUCGAUUUCGACAAUUUUGUUCGGUGUUUAGUUCGGCUGGAGACGCUGUUCAAGAUAUUCAAGCAGCUGGAUCCCGAGAACACUGGGACAAUAGAGCUCGACCUUAUCUCUUGGCUGUGCUUUUCAGUACUUUGAAGUUAAUUAACCAGUCUGCCUGAAGACUUUUCAAGAAAGAAAACCAAGGGACUGAGCUUCCACAGAGAAAUACUUUUUAUCUGGACUUUGAAAUUAUGGGAACAUUUACUUAAACUCACUAUAAUGGCUGAAAAUAAUGAUACUGUCUGUCUGAGACAGCGGGCCUUUCAGAUAUCAAAGUAAAAGGUUUGCAAACCAAAAAACCCGCUGCCGUAAAACCCGCUGCCGUCGAGUCAAUUCUGACUCAUAGCGACCCUAUAGCAUAAAUUUGUAAUAAAUGCAAAAGUGAGCCGCCUAACCCUGGGUAAGCUUUCAAUCUGUAAAUAGUAUACGCUUUUUACUUUUACAGGCUUUCCUGUUGAUAGCAAUAUUAAAUCAGGAACAAAUGCAGGGAGGUAUUUAACAGCUGAGCAAACAUUAUGCCAUCUUAAGGGACACAAGGCCCUUGCUGGGAGUAUUUAAAGCAACUUAAUGUUAAAAAUACAGCUGUGGCUUCUACCAAACAGCAGCCUGGAGACUGCCACUUGAGCAAGGUGGGAAAAAAAAUGACAUGUCAGGAAAUAACCUUGUCAAGGCAUCAACAGUCCAGGUGAGAAAUCUUACCUCCAUCAUUCAGGUUAAAUAAGAGAUGGGUUUUAUAUGAUAUUGAUUGGUAACAGUAAUCGUUCUUCUCAAAUGAUAAGGCCUUGAGCUUUACCUGGCCUUAUGCAUUUAGUCUUAAUAUAAAUGUGGAAGGGGCUCCACUCUUGAUCAAACGCUGUUUGCCGCCGUAAAACUUUACCACCUCUCAUGUCUGUGCAGAGUUGGGGGGACGUCACGUAGGGGUGCUUAUGGAAAUCGCACAAGCGAGUUUCCUGGCUUUACCUGGGGAAAAUGCUAGCAACGUUUUAAAAACACUGCCUUAUUGCCUUAUCUUCUUCCAAAUGUGUCGUUCAACAAAUAAAGAGCUCUGUGCAGCCACA